CUUUCGCACAGCCACGCCAGCACUUCCGCGGGCCUGUGGUGGUUGUUUUGUAGCCAGCUAGCCUAGCAGAGCACACCCUUAAAUGAGCGAGAAACACGCAGGGGAGAUGGGAAUGUCGUCCUUCGGACAACUGCGAGCACAGAACUGAGUUACAUCCGUGCGAGACAUGCCUCUUAAAAGGUUAGCGCUGUAAGAUGUCUAUGGUCCUGUUUGCCUCGGUGGUGCGGGUGAGGGAUGGCCUGCCUCUCUCUGCCUCCACUGACUACGAGCAGAACCAAGGACUGCAGGAGACCAAGAAACACCUGAAGAGCCUGUCCAAAAAACUCGGCCAGGUCCCCGACCGUUGUUCUCUCAAGGCCGGCCAGUACAAUGUCAAUUUCACGAGUUCUCUGGGAGUGGCCUACCUGAUGGUGUGCACAGAAAACUACCCCAGCGUCCUGGCCUUCUGUUUCUUGGACGAGCUGCAGAGGGAGUUCAUUGUGACCUACGACACCAAGCGGGUUAGCGGUGCUGUCCGGCCGUACUCCUUCAUUGAGUUCGACAACUUCAUUCAGAAGACCAAGCAGCGCUACAACAGCCCACGUUCCCUGUCCACUAAAAUUAACCUGGCGGACAUGCAGACGGAGAUCAAGUUGCGCCCCCCGUUCCAGCUGUCUCCCGAGGACCUGGGUUCAACCAACGGCUACUCUCACAGCACCUCCUCCAAGUACAAAGGCAUAGCUCCCAAUCAGAUGCUGGAGCCCGUCACCCUGUCGGGCGUCGUGGCGUGUGUCCUGAGUGUCCUUUGCGGCGCGCUCAAUUUGCUGCGUGGAGUGCACGCCAUCGAGAGCAUACUGCAGAACGAGGAUGAAGACUUUAAUUAUGUAAUUGCCUUUUUCCUGGGGACGGCGGCCUGUCUGUAUCAGUGUUACUUGUUUGCCUACUACUCGGUAUGGAGGGACAUGAAGUCCUUUCUGGCCUUUGCUCUGAUCUGUUUGUGCAACAUGUACCUCUACGAGCUGCGUAACCUGUGGCAGAUCCUUUUCCACGUGACGGUUGGCGCCUUCACCACCCUGCAGGUCCGCUUGCGCCAGCCACAGGGCAAGGCCCCCGACUACAACGUCUGAGAGACGCGUGCCAGCCACGCCGAGGCCCUGGAAGCACCCACAGGGGGCGUGGCGGCGGUGUGUGCCGCUGUCACCGCACUACUUGGACUACGGGGUGCGUCUUUGUCAGGCCCCAGUACAGGGCUGGAUACGGACAGCUCGGCCUGGGCGACAUCACUCAUCACCAGGCUUCACUUUUCACUUCACUUGCUUUUAAUUGCUCUGCUUGUGCAAAAAUAAGGUUUUGGUUUUUUUUUUUUCUUUCAUUUUAGCAUUUUGUUAAAAUGACAGUUUGGAAAUUCAAUGACUUUUACAAAAUAUUUAAGCAGUAGGUAUUUAUUUGAAUUUUUGUUAAUUGACAUAUCAGGUUUUUUUUGCUAUUAUUGGCAAUUGUUAAAGCCAGAUAUGCAAUAUAGUGUUUUAGCGCAUAAUACGUCAAAAUGUACCAAUACAAUAUUUCACAUAGACGUGUACACACAUUAUUUUCUCUGUCUCCCUGGCACAUGCUCCUCCCCCUACUCCAAUGUCCUCCUACGUUUCUUAUAGUUCAAGGCUGUUGUCAUGAAGCAUUAAUACCCUUAAAGCACUUUCAGACGUGUGUAUGGGCCGAGCACGAUGUCUUCUGCUACAGCUGUCUCAGUAUUGUGUGUGUGUGUGUGUGUGCGUGUGUGUGUGCGCUGCCCACACUAAGCUGCAGGGGGGGCCCCCUGAUGGCCCCGAUGACCCCUUGGGCUCUCUCCCAUACCCCACUGGGGUGCACUAGCACCCGCGAGCAGAACUGACACCUGAAUGAGGAGUUGCCAUUACAUUUGUGAAUGUCUGUCAGAUGGCUUUGUAUCUAGAUUGUCUUCUGAUGGGUAACUGAGGAGGUGUUUUUGAAUCAAUGCCCAGACAUUUAGUAAAGACGAAGUUCGACUUUC